AUGACCAAAAUCAUCGACGACAACAUGGACCAAGAUACGAGUACCACAACCGCCAUGAUCACAACCACCACUCGUAAAAGACGAGCAGCCUGUGAUAAUGACAAUGAUGACUCCAAAAAUACCUCACCAGGCACUCUCAUCAACACCACUCCCAACGCAACCAACAAUGAAACAGGCCAUCAACCCUUCAAACGGCCUCGUAUCCCCUCCCAAUAUACCAGACAAGCCGAGCGUUUCGAAGAAGCCCUGAACAAAGAGAUCCAAGAACAGGAAGAUGCUCUCCGCAAAAACGAGUACAGGAUGCUUGCGGUGCGGGCUUUGGAAAACGAGGCGCAUGAUAGAGCGUUUAGGGAUGCUAUGGACAUGAGCUCAACUUAUCAGCAACAACAGCAGCAGUAUACCCCCUCACCACAUCCCCCUGUUGCUGUUGCUGCUUCUGAGGAUAUGGACAUGGAUGUCGAUGGUGAUGAUUAUCACAACCCUCAACAUGAGGAUCAUCACGGAACUAGAGAAGGAGAAGGACAAAUGGUGUAUCGUCAUCACCAGGCACCUACAGUCCAGUAUACAGAAGGAGAUACCGAACCAAUCAUAACGACCCGAAGCGGCUGCCUAACCAGCAUUAUCGGGAUGAACAACAUAAACCCCAUCACCAGACAUAGAUCUAACCACCACCACCACAACAACAUCAACAACAACAACAACAGCAACAAUAACAACCACAGUAUCUUAACCGAGUUCACCAUCUACGAAGACCUUUCCCCCGGCCCAGGAGGCCUAUUAUCCUUCCCUACACAACCAAAUCCUGUAGGCCGAUUGCAGCCUGAUUACCAUCAUUAUCACUACAACAAUCAUCAUAAUAACCAAGAAGUACGUGCCUAUCAUCAAGACUGGGACUCGGAUAAAGAGAACAUCAACAAUAACAUUGUUGCUGGGCCCCUCCACGAUCCGGUUGGAAUGAUCACUGAGACUGAGGCUGAGAGUUUUUCGCAGGUUGUUGAUCAUUCAUAUCAUAAUGCUGAUAAUGUUGCUGACGAGGUUGAUGAUGAGAUGAGAAUGGAUUAUGAAGCAGGUGGUAGCGGUGGUGAAAGUGGAAGAUGGAGUUCCGGGGUCCCUCCUUGGAGAGUCGAAUCGGAGUCAGAGUAUGCUGAUACGGAGGUGGACCCUGAUGAGGCGGGACUGGGGCUGCAGGACUACGCGCAUCGGAGAAGAAGACGGUAUCAUCGCUUGAGAUGGCAGUCGCGGGUGCUGGGUUCUCAGGAUAGGGGGUCGGUGGCGUCAAAUAGUAGUGUGCUGGUGCCGAGAGUGCUUGGGGAGGGUUUGCAGGAUGGUGCUGGUGCUGGUGGUGCAGGUGCUGGGCGUGGAAGGCGCGGGUCGAGAAGGUUUUAG